CGUCCUUUUAUAAAAUGUUCCUUUUCGCCUGACGCGAAACGUGCUUCGACCAGACAGAGAGCGGCGUUGCCUCUCCGUCGUUUUUCGGACGUGCCUUUCGUUUGAUCGCCUGCGACAACGGCUGCAGUUGGUGUGCGCCAUCGCAUAAAGAAUACCAUACCAUACCAUACCAUACCAUACCAUACCAUACCAUACCAUGACGAAGUGCCCCAUCGUGACGCUGGCUGACGGCAAUAAGAUUCCGGCGCUCGGCCUUGGAACCUGGAAGUUGGCUCCCUCGCAAGCCGUUGAGGCCGUGAAGGAGGCUAUCCGCAUCGGCUACCGGCACAUUGACUGCGCGAUCGCCUACCGCAAUGAGCCGAAAGUGGGGCGGGCCAUUGCGGACGCCAUCAACGAAGGCAUUGUCACCAGGGAAGAGCUCUUCAUCACCAGCAAGUGCUGGAACUCGUUUCAUAGUAAACAAAAAGUUGUGGAGUGCUGCAAGAUGAGUUUGCGGGCGCUAGGAGUUGAUUAUAUCGACCUCUACUUGAUUCACUGGCCUUACGCGUACAAGGAGGGUGGCGACCUGUUCCCAAGAGACCAAAAUGGCGACAUCCAACUGGCCGACACUGAUUACCUGGAGACCUGGGAGGGCAUGGAAGAAUGCAAGAGGAAAGGCUUGGUGCGCUCCAUCGGCGUGUCCAACUUCAACUCGGAACAAAUAACUCGCCUGGUCAAGUCAUGCCAGAUAAAGCCAGUGAUUAACCAGAUCGAGUGUCAUCCUUACCUGACGCAGAAGAAGCUCAUUGCCCUGUGUGCUGACUUUCAAAUCAAAAUUACUGCGUACAGCCCGCUGGGUUCACCUACCCGGCCUUGGGCACCCAAGGGGGAGAAGAAGUUGAUGGAAGACGAGACGGUGAAGGCGAUCGCCAAAAAGCAUGGCGUCACGGCGGCUCAGGUGCUUAUCCGCUAUCCAAUCGAACGCGGUCUCAUCAGCAUCCCAAAAAGUUCGAACAAGAGAAGAAUCGCGGAGAACUUCAAGGCUUUAAACUUUUCGCUUGACCCUGCUGACGUGGAAGCUUUGAAUGGUCUUGACAAGAACUACAGGGGGGGCAUAAUGAUCGCGGAUUUUCGCCCGACUCGAAACGUGCUUCGAACAGACGGUGAGCAGCGUUGCCUCUCCGUGAUUUUUCGGACGUGCCUUUCGUUUUAUAGAAGCAGAAGUGAAAGAAGCCCGACCAUGUCGAAUUGCCCCAUCGUAACGCUGGCUGACGGGAAUAAGAUUCCGGCGCUCGGCCUUGGAACCUGGAAGUCGGCUCCCUCCCAAGUCUAUGAGGCCGUGAAGGAGGCUAUUCGCAUCGGCUACCGGCACAUUGACUGCGCGCUCGUCUACCUCAAUGAGCCGGAAGUGGGACGGGCCAUUGCGGACGCCAUCAAGGAAGGCCUUGUCACCAGGGAAAAGCUCUUCAUCACCAGCAAGUGCUGGAACUCGUUUCAUAGUAAACAAAAAGUUGUGGAGUGCUGCAAAAGGAGUUUGCAGGCGCUAGGAGUUGAUUAUAUCGACCUCUACUUGAUUCACUGGCCUCAAGCGUACAAGGAGGGUGGCGACCUGUUCCCAAAAGACCAAAAUGGCGACAUCCAACUGGCCGACAUCGAUUACCUGGAGACCUGGCAGGGCAUGGAAGAAUGCAAGAGGAAAGGCUUGGUGCGCUCCAUCGGCGUGUCUAACUUCAACUCGGAACAAAUAACUCGCCUCGUCAAGUCGUGUCAGAUAAAGCCAGUGAUGAACCAGGUCGAGUGUCAUCCUUACCUGCCGCAGAAGAAGCUCAUUGCCCUGUGUGCAGACCUUCAAAUCAAAACUACUGCGUACAGCCCGCUGGGUUCGCCUGACCGGCCUUGGGCACCCAAGGGGGAGAAGACUUUGAUGGAAGACGAGACGGUGAAGGCGAUCGCCAAAAAGCAUGGCGUUACGGCGGCUCAGGUGCUUAUCCGUUAUCCAAUCGAACGCGGCCUCAUCAGCAUCCCAAAGAGUACAAACAAGGGAAGAAUCGCGGAGAACUUCAAGGUUUUAAACUUUUCGCUUGACACUGCUGACGUGGAAGCUUUGAACGGUCUUGACAGGAACUUUAGGGUGUGCGUACUGGAUGCGGAUGUAAGCAGCAAGUACUACCCCUUCAACAUCCCCUACUAGAGCGAAGCAGCGCCGGGCUACAUUAAAGUUACAUUAAAUUUUCACUUUCAGCA